AUGACGGACCAGCAGCAGCAGAACUACAAGCACCAUUGCAGGAUCUGCAGGAAGGGAUUCGGCUGCGGGAGGGCGCUGGGGGGCCACAUGAGAGCUCACGGGAUCAACGAGGACGCAGCGGCGGGGGAACAGGGCGACGCCGACGACGAGCCUCCCGCCGGUGUUGGCGGUGGUGGUGGUGGCGUCACCGCAUGCAGCCCCUGCGGGAGCGGAGGCGGGAACAGGCGGAUGUACGCCCUCCGGGGGAGCUCCAACCGGGUGCGGACAUGCAGAGUUUGCGAGAACUGCGGGAAGGAGUUCUCCUCCUGGAAGGGCUUCCUCGAGCAUGGGAGAUGCAAUUCCGGCUGCGACGUCUCGCUUGUGUCCGCCGUCGCCGCCGCCGCCGGCGACGAGGAGGAGGAGGAGGACGACGACGAAGAAGAAGAAGAAGAAGAAGAAGGGGAGAGGAGGGAGUGCGUGGGGUGGUCCAAGGGGAAGCGAUCUCGCCGGAGCAAGGUGGCGGCGGGCGGCGGGCUGUCGAGCCAGGAGGAGGACCUCGCCAACUGCCUGGUGAUGCUCUCCGCGGGGAAGAUGGAGCCCGGCGCCGCCGCCGCCGUGGUGGUGGUGGAGACGGAGGAGUCCUGCGCCUCGGCCAGCAAGGAGGACCGGAGGAGCUCCGCCGAGCGGACGGCCAGUUUCCUCGCCGUGGAGAAGCCCAAGGUGGUGGCGCCGCCGCCGAAGGGGAUGUUCGAGUGCAAGGCCUGCAAGAAGGUCUUCAGCUCCCACCAGGCCCUCGGCGGGCACCGCGCAAGCCACAAGAAGGUCAAGGGCUGCUUCGCCGCCAAGCUCGACGACCUCGAGGAGGCCCCGCCGGAGGAAGAGCAUCUGGUCGCUGUCGACGGCGCCGCCGCCGUAGUGCCGUUCGUCGCUCCCCCGCUGAGGAAGAAGAAGCUCCACGAGUGCUCCGUGUGCCACCGCGUCUUUACCUCCGGCCAGGCCCUCGGCGGCCAUAAGCGCUGCCACUGGCUCACUUCCAAUGCCGCCGAUCAGAGCUCCUCCAUGGCCAGGUUGCACCACAUACAGACGCAGCAGGCGAAGCCGCUCCUGCAUCUUCGGCCCAUGAACGGGCCGCUGGACCUCAACCUCCCGGCGCCGCCAGAGGCGGCGCCGCCGCCACUCGGUUUAGAUGUACCGGCGCUGUUCCUCCAGGGGUGGAUGGAGAACGACAAUGUCGACCCCGCCGCCACCAUCACCACCAACAGCAUCAACAAGAAGACCUCCGCUUCUCAUGUUGAAGACGAAGCAGAAAGCAGUGUAAAGCUGGCUAAGCUCAGCGAUCUCAAGGAUCUGAACAUGGGGGGCGUCUCCACCUCCUGGUUGCAGGUGGGUCUCGGUUCCUCAUCUAAAGAGAGCCGCAAGCCCUAA